AUGGCGCUGCUGCGUACGCUCACACGCGCCGGAGGCUGCCAUGAAGUGACGGGCGAAGCAAGGGGUCAAGCUAAGGGGAAACUCGUGCUCGAGUCUUCCACCUUGGGACACUUUUCCAUGGUCGGCUAUUCGACGUAUUCCCCGGGAACAUUCGCACUUCGGGGCUUGGCAGAGGCUCUCUACCUUGAGUUCAUGCUCUACGGAAUCGGCGUCCACAAUGUCUUCCCGGACACCAGCUACUCGCCCGGCUACGACACGGAGGCUCGCACAAAGCCCACGACCACUUAA